UGGGCGGGCCCGCACCCACCUCAUGCACCCAACCUCCCGCGGCAGAGGCCGAGGGCGGGCCGGGGCGGCGGCGCGGGAGGGCAAAGGGGCAGCGGCAGAGCGCGGCAGAGCGCGCCGGGCCGCCAUGGUGCUGGUGGUGGUGAUGGGCGUCAGCGGCUCAGGAAAGACCACGGUCGGGUCGCGGCUGGCAGAGAAGUUGGGAUGGAAAUUUUACGAUGCAGAUGAUUAUCAUCCUCUAGAGAAUAAGAAGAAAAUGGAAGAAGGGGUACCACUAAAUGAUGAGGACAGGAUUCCUUGGCUUUGUGCAUUGCAUGAUAUACUAAGGAGAGAAGACACAUCUAGACAAGAUACAAUUCUGGCCUGUUCUGCACUGAAGAAGAUGUACAGGUGUGUGUUAAUUGGUGGAGCAUCUGCAAUUGAAAGCAACCGGCCAGAAAAACCAGGAGAAAACCCAGCACUGAAGAUCCUCUUUGUUCAUUUGGAUGGACCUAAGGACAUCAUUGCUGGCCGCCUGGAGAAGCGGAGAGGUCAUUUUAUGCCACUUGAACUUCUCCAGUCUCAGUUUGAUACUCUAGAGCCACCCAGUCCACCAGAAAACUUCAUUACUGUCAGUCUAGAAAAAUCUCUCCCAGAAAUACUGCUACAGAUUGAGAGUGCCAUUCUUCAGGGUGAGGCUUUGCCAGAGUAAUUUUCUGAAUGACACAUACAGAAAUUCCCUGAAGGAUAGCAUGGCUCUGAGACAGGAUUUUAAUUAUUAAAUUGAUUAUUAAAUCAAACCAACUUAUUUUUAAGAGCUGGUUUACUAUUCAGUUUUUUAAUCAUGGCUCUGUAAAAGACAUACAAGAUGUAAUUUGCAAAAACUGUUAACUUUUUAAGCCCUUCACUCUAUGAAGUUAAAAUUCUCCUUUUAGUAAGAGCCUGCUUUUGAAAAUCCUGGCAAGGGUCACACAGAAUAAUUUAUUUUCUAAAUUUUAAUAUUUACUCUGUCAGACCCUGAGAUGGGCACACCUGCUAUUACAAGAUUAAGUAAUUUACAGCUUUGUUAAAAAUAACGUCAUUUUCCUAGAAGAGGCAGGAACAUGCAUGAUGAAGUUCCAUACAUGACACUACCCCUGUCUCACUGCUGGAUUUUCAUCGAGUUGUAGGUUCUGUGUUUGUAUCCUUGUUGACCUCACCAGAGCACUGAUGACUUAUGAGAACUUUUCUUAUUUCUUACUGUAUGCAUUGGCCACCAAGCUGAAAAAUGUGAGAAAAGAAAAAGGUAGUGGUGGCGAUGCAAUAUACAAAAUUUAAUUGAAUGAAAAACUUUAGAAAUAAAGCUUAAGUGGCAUCAUA